CAACUCUUGCUGGAAAUGUCCACCUUGUCAAAAAGCAAAAUUGUGACUUACAUUCUCAGUUUAACCUAGAUUAAUCCGUUUUAUCAAGCUAGAUUAUUUAUUCAGUUAGAUUAUUUGGAUAGGUUUGUAAUUGUGAAAGUACAGAAUUGUUUAGCGUAUAUAAAAAAAUUAUUUUUUCCGAACUAGAUAAGUUUGAGUCAUGGGUGACAGGAAAAUUCUGUACGUGUCUCUGUUUAUUGUCAUAUUAGCAUCAUUUCAACUGGACGUUUGUGGAAGCGAGCAUGACCAGAGUGAUCAUUCUAAAGAAAAGAAUAAGUCGAUGCAUGGACACAAGGAAGAAGAGUCUUCAGAUGAUAGGUCAUAUAUUACAUACAUCAAAUACAAGGUGGCUCAUUCCGAGUUCCUUCAUGGAUUUAUAGCUUCAUUGUCGAUGAUAAUCGUGUCCGAACUUGGCGAUAAAACAUUCUUUAUUGCAGCCAUUAUGGCUAUGAGACAUUCUAGAGCAGUUGUGCUUGCUGGAGCUUUAGGAGCACUUGUUGCUAUGACAGUUCUUUCAGCCAUGCUUGGGUAUGCCACAACAAUUAUUCCAAGACAAGUUACAUACUAUGCCUCUUCUAUAUUGUUUCUUGUGUUCGGAGUGAAGAUGAUCAAAGAUGGCUGGUAUAUGUCCCCUGAUGAGGCCCAAGAGGAAUAUGAAGAAGCCCAAGCAGAAAUAAAGAAAAAAGAGGAUGAGCUUUUUUCCUCCACACAGGAUAUAGAAACUGGUAUCAUAAGAGGACCAAAAAGGAACAUACUGAAUUUGUUAUUUAGUGCUAUAUUCAUUGAAGCAUUUGUUUUAACAUUUCUCGCAGAGGGGGAUAGAUCUCAGAUUGCAACUAUUAUUCUCGCAGCUCGUGAGGAUGUGAUUGGUGUAAUUAUAGGGGGGUGUCUAGGACACGCCCUCUGCACAGGUCUAGCUGUUUUAGGUGGUAGAAUUGUAGCACAGAAAAUUUCAGCAAGAACAGUUACUCUGGCAGGAGGUGUAGUAUUUAUCCUGUUUGCAGUGACAGCGUUUCUAAUGGGUCCCGACUAGCGUGGCUUACCUCGGCAGUCUUACAGAUAUACAAGUUUACAUACACAUGAGAUUGAUACUGUGAUAGUGCAGUGUUUUAAUAUAUUUAUAGAAAAAAUCGGCCUUCGUUAGCUCAGAAAGUCUAUAUUUUCAGGUUGCCUUCCUCUACUGUUUAGUGUAAAAUCAGAAGUAUUUAGUUUUCACAAUUUUUACCUUUUUCCAGUUUUUUCUCGAACACUGAUUCACAGGUUAAUGUUAAUUGUAAGCAGAAAAUAAAAUUUAGCAGUAUUUAGUAGAAAGUCUUCUAAUCUUCUUGCAAAGUCAAUGUUUAUUUCAGUGUGUGAAUAAUUUACUCUUAACACACCCUGAAGUAAUGCAGCAGUUUGUAGUUUCAAAUAAAAAUAAAGAGCCAAAAUUUGAACCAUAUUAUGAGAAUUUUUUUCUGAAAACUGAAAGAUAGUUAUUACUCUUUAAUCAGUUUAUUGACAGGGUGUUUCUGUAUUCUUGUAAUAUAGUGAACUGGUUGUAUUUAUUCAUGUUCAAAAAUGAAUGCUGUUUGGACCUGUUAACCUUAGAAAAAAUAAAUUAACCUUUCUUAGAAUGAAUACAUUAAUCUUUCUUAGAAUGAAUAAAUUAACUAUUGUUUGAAUGAAUAAAUUAACCUUUGUCUAAGGGUCAUAUACUGUGUAAGUUGAACUUCACAGCUAGUAACUGCAGUUCGAUUCAGAGGAAAUUCAUCUUUGACAAAAUCCUUCUCACUUAUUUUUGAUGAAAUGGACAAAACAACUCUUUAAAAUUUCAAGGUGGACAGAACUACUUCCUAUAAAUAUUCGAAGGCAACAAAACCCCUCCAGUUAUGUUUAUAAGGUAGGACAAACCCCCUCCCAUCAAUAAUAACUCCACAGCUUAAUGAUAGAGAAUUUGUCAUACUUGUUCAAAGUCUUAGAAGGGGUUUGUCCACCUAGAGUUUUAGCAAGAGCGUUUGUUCAAAUUGACAUUUUGACAGACCUGUUAAAGAAAUGGAAGGGGUUUUGUCCAUUUCAUCAAAUAUUAAUGGGAGGGGUUUUGUCUAGAAGGGGUUUUGUCUACUUAGUGUAAAAUUUCUUACACAUAAUUUUGAGAUACUGUAUACCGGUAUGUAAAUGUUACGCUAUCAGAAUAUUUCUUAACAGAUUAUAUUUGAUUCAAUAAACAUUUAAUUUGACUUUAUAUUGAAAGAGAUUUUAGAUUGGUAUGUCUCAGACUUUUUAUUACCAUGUUGUACAGUGUGUAUCAUAUGUUAGAACAGCUACAGAAUCAGUUAGUGAGGUACAAAUAAUUCCAUUGACAUCGGCACUUUAUAAUAUAUUUUUUACAUGACCAUAGAUGUCCCUGCACUUUACACAGAAAUAUUAACUAUGUUUUAGUAGGUUUUCAUUUUUGCUAUCACAAUUUUUAUUACACUUCCUCGCCACUAAAGAGCUUAUGCACAAAUCAUUUUGGUGUAGUUGGCUUACCAUAUUGAAAAUUUAUUACAUUUUCUGUUUAUGUCAGCUUAACAUUAUCUAACUUCAAAAGGUACAGAGAAAAAAGCUUAUAAAUCUCAAAUUAUGUAUUUAUGCAUAAAUUACAUUGCAUUCAAACUACAUUAAGAGAAUUUUUAUUAUGCAGGUAGCUGUGCAUCAUAAAUUGUACUUGCAGAAUUAAGGCCAUAUUACUAAUACCAGAGUUCAACCACUGUUUGUAGAUAGUGUCACAGGAUUAUGUCAAACUUUUGAUGAAACAUUAAUGCAUUGAAAACAAUAACUGUAUUACCUGACCUACAUGUCACUUUGUCCGCCUCAGUAUCAAAACACUUUCUUAACAUUCCAUAGCCUUUGACCAUUGGUACAGUUCAUCUGAUCUCUGUGAAAACUGAUUAAAUAAUGUGUACUGUGUAUGCCUUUCACAUUUUUAGCUCAUCUGAUUUUUUGAAAAAAAAUGAUGAGUUAUUGUCAUCACUUGAGCGGUUGUCGGCGUCGGCGUCGGCUGGUUAAGUUUUAUGUUUAGGUCAGCUUUUCUCCUAAACUAUCAAAGCUAUUGCUUUGAAACUUGGAAUACUUGUUCACCAUCAUAAGCUGACCCUGUAUAGCAAGAAACAUAACUCCAUCUUGCUUUUUGCAAGAUUUAUGGCCCCUUUUGUACUUAGAAAAUAUCAGAUUUCUUGGUUAAGUUUUAUGUUUAGGUCAACUUUUCUCCUAAACUAUCAAAGCUAUUGCUUUGAAACUUGGAAUACUUGUUAACCAUCAUAAGCAGACCAUGUACAUCAAGAAACAUAACUCCAUCUUGCUUUUUGCAAGAAUUAUUGCCCCUUUUGGACUUAGAAAAUCAGUUUUCUUGGUUAAGUUUUAUGUUUAGGUCAGCUUUUAUCCUAAACUAUCAAAGCUUUUGCUUUAAAACUUGCAACACUUGUUCACCAUCAUAAGCUGACCCUGUACAUCAAGAAACAUAACUCCAUCCUGCUUUUUGCAAGAUUUAUGGCCCCUUUUGGACUUAGAAAAUAUCAGAUUUCUUGGUUAAGUUUUAUGUUUAGGUGAACUUUUUCUCUUAAACUAUCAAAGCUAUUGCUUUGAAACUUGCAACACUUGUUCACCAUCAUAAGCUGACCCUGUACAGCAAGCAACAUAACUCCAUCCUGCUUUUUGCAAUAAUUAUUGCCCCUUUUGGACUUAGAAAAUCAUUUUCUUGGUUGAGUUUUAUGUUUAAGUAUACUUUUCUCAUAAACUAUCAAAGCUAUUGCUUUAAAACUUGCAACAGUUUUUCACCAUCAUAAGUGGACACUGUACAUCAAGAAACAUAACUCUAUCCUGCUUUUUGCAAGAAUGAUGGCCCUUUUUAGACUUAGAAAAUCAUAGGUAGGACAAUAUUUCUAUUAUACAAAAAAAAUCAGAUGAGCGUCAGCACCCGCAAGGCGGUGCUCUUGUUGUUUGCAUUUUGAUUGGAGAAUAGGCUUAAAAUUGCCUUUUGUCUUUAUAUUGAAACUUAUGUUGACAAGAAAUUUAAUGUUCUUAAUUUUUUGUGUGUGAAAAUAUAUAUCAUAUUCUUAGUUUUUCUGCAGCAUAUUUAAGUUGUGUCCUGUUUAGCUUGUUAAGUUAAAGUUGUGAUAAUGUGAGCUUAACUCUGUCAUUCACUCCACAUUUAUGUUACGAUUUACUGCGGUUGAUAGUUUGGUGUCUAACACAAAUGUGAUAUUGUAUACAUGAUAAUAUAACAUUCAUCAAAUCGUGAUGUGUGUUAUGCUGUAUGUAGCUGAACAGAUAUUGUAUGUUAUGAUUUUAUAUCAUGUGUUAUGUGUUUGGUGUGGGACAAAAUUCCCAUACCCAAUUUAAAAGCAGUACAAAAUCCUUUCUUUUUAAUGAAAAUAGGGGUCUGUCUGGUGUAGUGAUUCACUUUGCUGACUUCAGAUCUCUUUUCCCUCACCACUGUGGGUUUGAAACCCCACAAGGAAUGUAGCUUUCGUUUGGCAAGCAGAAGGUUAUUGGCUCUACCCAGGUGUCUGUCUGUGCCUUAAAUAAUACAAGAAGAGCACAUUGGGUCUUCCUCCACCACGUGCAGCUGAAAAAUCAAAAUAUAUCCAAAAUUGUCUUGAUGGUACUAAAAUUCCAACAAACAUUUACUACAAACACCAACACAAGUAAAAAAAUAAAA